CUAACACCCAUAACUCCAGUAACAGAACACCACACUACCACCACCACCCUCGUCUUCACGGCGGCGUUCUGACUCCAAUGGCCUUCAACCACCGGAAAGCCCAUUUCUCUCUUCUCUUUCUCUUCACUCUCACCCUCCUCGCCCAUGCAAAUCUCAACCUCCAUUCGUCAGACCGCGAAGCUCUCUUGAUCAUCCAAAAAGACUUGAGAGUCAACGGUCAACGCUCCUCCAUGGACACCCAAAGCCCCUGCAACUCCGCCGGAGUAUUCUGUGAGCGGCGAAUUUCAAACAAUUCGUACGUUCUCAGAAUCCACCGUCUCGUCUUCAAGUCUAAGCGGCUCGACGGAUUCCUCUCUCCAGCGAUCGGACGGUUGUCUGAGCUCAAAGAACUCUCCGUCUCCGACAACAGAAUCGUCGACCAAAUCCCGCCUCAAAUCGCGAAUUGCCGGAAAUUGGAAGUUCUGAACCUCCAGAAAAACCAAUUCUCCGGUGAUAUUCCGGCGGAGAUAUCCUCCUUAAUUCGACUUCGAGUUCUUGACCUCUCUUCCAAUAAGUUUUCCGGGAAUUUGAAUUUCCUGAAAUACUUUCCGAACCUCGAAAAACUCUCUCUCGCAGACAACAAUUUCGCCGGAAAGGUACCCAUUUCAGUGCGAUCCUUCAGAAACCUCCGGCUCUUCAACAUCUCCGGCAAUGAUUUUCUGGACGGUUCUCCGGUGAUGACCCGAGUCGAAUAUUCAUCACAGAUUACAAUUCCAAAGCGGUAUAUAUUUGCUGAGACUAAUUUAACUAAGCAAAAUCAAACCUCUGCAGUGGCCCCUUCUCCGGGUUAUUUCGGCGCAGCCCCAGCUCCGUCGCCUACGAUGGCACCAAAACAUCGCAAAAACGAGAAGAAGCUAAAAGGGUCAAUAAUCGGGUUCCUCGCCGGAGCACUGGCCGGAGCCGUUUCCGGGCUGAUCUUUUCGGUCCUGUUUAAGGUGCUUCUCGUGUUGGUCAAAGGCAGAGUAAAGGUGUCCGGUCCGGCAAUAUUCAGUUCAUUGAUCAAGAAAGCAGAGGACUUAGCAUUUCUUGAGAAAGACGACGGAUUGGCUUCGCUGGAAGUCAUCGGAAGAGGUGGUUGCGGAGAGGUUUACCGGGCGGUUUUACCCGGCAGCGACGGAAAAAUGAUUGCUAUAAAGAAGAUCAUCCAACCCCCAAGGGAUGCUGCAGAGCUCGCCGACGAAGACAGUAAGCUUCUGAACAAAAAAAUGCGUCAGAUUAGGUCGGAAAUCAAUACGGUGGGUAAUAUCCGGCACCGGAAUCUUCUUCCCCUUUUAGCCCAUGUGUCAAGGCCCGAUUGUCACUACUUGGUCUACGAGCUCAUGAAAAAUGGGAGUUUACAAGAUGUGUUGAACGAUGUGGCACACGGGAAUAGAGAAUUGGACUGGUUGGCUAGGCACAAAAUUGCAAAAGGUAUCGCAGCUGGGCUCGAGUACCUUCACCUGAGCCACUCUCCGAGGAUUAUUCAUAGAGAUCUAAAGCCUGGUAACAUUCUCUUGGAUGAUGAAAUGGAGGCUCGGAUUGCCGAUUUCGGACUCGCCAAGGCGGUUCCCGAGGCGAUCACCCAUGUCACGACGUCCAACGUGGCGGGAACGGUGGGGUACAUCGCCCCCGAGUAUCACCAGACGCUCAAGUUUACCGACAAGUGCGACGUGUAUAGUUUCGGAGUGUUGUUGGGGGUUUUGGUGAUGGGAAAGUUGCCUUCCGAUGAGUUUUGGCAAACCACAUCUGAGAUGAGUUUGGUGAAGUGGAUGAGAAAUGUGAUGACUUCUGAGACCCCAAGUAGGGCAAUUGACCCUAAACUUAUGGGGAAUGGAUACGAGGAGCAAAUGCUUUUGGUGCUCAAGAUUGCUUGCUUUUGCACUCUUGAGGACCCUAAACAAAGGCCUAAUAGCAAGGACAUUAGGUGCAUGCUGACCCAAAUCAAGCAUUAGCUAGGGUAUGCAUGAGAAAGUGGAAUAAAAUGUAAAAUGUGUACUGGUGUGUAAAAUAAUGAUGCAUGUGAUUAAGAAUUUUUGCUUCAAGUAGAAAGUUUCACUCUUUAAGUUGUAAAAUUCAGUAAGUUUUACUAGUUGUCUUUUCUAUUUUUGGAAAGUGGCAUUGUAAGCCCUAUCAACAUGAAUUGGAAUAUGUCAUUCUGAUUCAAUGAUUGAAUGAAUGGCAUCUAUUGCAAUAAGUUAUCUUGUUGAUCCAA